AUGAAAUUGAUUACCCUGGUCUCAUUCGCAGUCUCAGUGCUGGCGGCGAGCCGUACCACUGCCCCGUCUGGAUCAAUUGUGGUGGCUAAGUCGGGAGGGGACUAUUCUAGUGUCAGCGAGGCCAUUGCCGCAUUAGACACCUCCACUUCCGAUACCCAGACCAUCUUCAUUGAAAAAGGCACCUACACAGAACAGGUGUAUCUUCCCAAGCUAUCGGGGCCUCUGAUCAUCUACGGACAGACCGACGAUGACACCUCUUAUUCCUCCAAUACCGCCACUAUCACCUACAAUUUGAGCUUGGCGGAUGUGAGUAAUGAUGACGAGUCUGCCACACUAAGAAAUUAUGCCGCCAACUCCAAGAUCUACAACAUCAACGUGAAGAACACGUACGGAGAGGGCCAUCAGGCUCUUGCGCUCAGCGCCUACAACACUGAGCAGGGUUACUAUGGCUGCCAAUUUACCGGGUUUCAGGAUACCGUCCUCGCCGAGACCGGCUACCAAGUCUACGGAAAGUGCUACAUUGAAGGUGCUAUUGACUUUAUUUUCGGUCAGACUGGCAAUGCCUGGUUCGACAGCUGUGACAUCGGCGUCUUGACCUACUCAGGCGGCACCAUCACUGCGCAAGGCCGUCCCGCCAGCUCCGACUCAGGAUACUUCGUCAUCAACGAGAGCACUGUCGGGGCGGCGUCCGGUGAGGACGUCACCGAGGGAACCUACUAUUUAGGUCGACCGUGGACGGAGUACGCCCAUGUGGUUUUCCAGAACACCAAUCUCAGCGACGUCAUCAACUCCGCCGGCUGGUCAGAGUGGUCGAGCAGCGAGCCCAACACGGGAGACGUCCUCUUCGGUGAGUAUGACAACUCCGGUGAUGGCGCCGAAGGCACUCGGGCUAGCUUCGCUACUACUCUCUCCACUGCAGUGUCCAUUACUAGUAUCCUCGGCAGCGACUACAAGGACUGGGUGGACACGAGCUACAUUGCUUGA